AUAAUUUCAAAGUCAUGGCUGACAUCUUGUUCGUUAGUAAUCUAGCCGUGAAAGCCGGGAAGAUGAUUGAAGCUGGCUUCUCAAAAAGUAUUCCGUAUGACAAGAAAGAAUCAUAUGCUGACUUGGUAACUGAAGUGGAUAAAGCUGUCGAGAAUUAUAUCUGUCAAGAAAUCCUUUCAUCGUUCCCUACUCACAAAAUUAUUGCAGAGGAAGGGUAUUCUGGAAACGCCGAGCUUACUUGUUCGCCUACAUGGAUAAUCGACCCGAUUGAUGGAACUUCAAACUUUGUUAGCAGGUAAUAUCACCUUCAAGUAAUUCCCAGGUUCCCUUUUGUUUGCGUUUCAAUUGCUUACUAUGUUAACAAAGAGGUUAGUUGAUGUACAUGCUUUUUCAGAUUCACAGCCCGAGCUAGCUGUUGUUUAUAAUCCGAUAUUGAAAUGGCUGUUUCAUGGAAUUCGUAAUCAAGGAGCAUUUCUGAAUGACAAACAAAUUCAUACAUCAAAACUUCAGGAUCUGUCUCAGGCUUUGGUUUUGACCGACUGGGGAGGUGACCGGAAUCCAAGUGUUUUAGAUAUUAAGUCAAACAAUAUUCGCCAAAUAAUAUCGAAAGCUCGUGGAGUACGCACCAUGGGUUCAGCAGCUUUGCAUAUGUGUCAGAUUGCUGCCGGUAAUGGUGAUAUAUUUUUCGAAUUUGGAAUUCACUGUUGGGAUUAUGCCGCAGCUGUAUUGAUUGUUCGUGAAGCAGGAGGUUUUUGUUGUAAUUUUGACGGUAAACCUGUAGAUUUAAUGGCGAGAAAUGUUAUAUGUGCGGGAACUCCAGAACUAGCUAACGCUCUUAUUCCUCUUAUUCAACCAGUUGGUUACGCGAGAGACUGAUAGAAGAAGCAGAAUCACACAAAUAUAUCUAUUGAGGAAAAAGGAGCCAGAGACAAUCAAAAUUUAGAAUUUUUCAUUUAUUUGUUGAUUCUUUUAAUCUGUUGGCUAGUUUUUUCCAUGUGUUUAUUUACGUUCGGAAAGGUUCAAUGAAAGUUGUACCUUUGGUUUUAGAAAUGCCGUUGUGAUUCCUUCCUUACUUCUUCAAUGCAGCAUUUAUUUUCACUUGUAUGUGUGUAUGUCUAUUUAUCUAUUGAGUAUUUAUCGAAAAAAAAGAAGAAAUAUGUGCAUAGAUGGAAGAACUCAAAGAGCUGUUAUAUUACAAUAAUUAGUAGUGUUUAGUUUUAAAUGUUUUUCCCACUUUCCUUUCUACUAAAAUCGGACUAUUUUUUCUCACAGCUCAGAAGUUGGUUACUAUUUUCCUAUUGAUACACGCCUUUUUCCGUUCCUGUUGAGUUUUUUCUCAAGAAGUGUUUUUAAAAGCGGUCUCCUCUUUGGAUGACAAACCAGUCACAUUUUAGAAUACAACUAUGCUUGUUUCUUGUGUUUGACUAGAUGGCGUCUCGCUUGAAUUUUCAAACAAAUUUGGAUAAACCGUAAGACACUUAUGCUUAUUAUUCAGGUGCUCACAGUAAACCAGGGGUUUAUUUCCCUAACUCGAUUCAUCACUUCACUUUAAGGAUCUAGGCAACUUGAUCGCGAUAUCUUUCACCUUCCAAGCAUAGUAUUUGCCAUGGAAACUAUAAUAUCGCCUUUAGUGAGCGGUAGUUGGACCUUUUAUGAACUGUUUUCGAUUCGCCAUUUAUAUAUGCAUGAUGUAUAAUCUCGUCUACGAAAGUGUGAAGUCAA